AAAGAAUACUCUUCACAAACUAAAACAAAAAAUAUCACGGUAAAUCAAGGCGCCGAUUACAAAUGUGUAAAAUGAUUUGAUAACGCAUUUUUACUGAUUUGUGGAACACAUACACAAUGCGGGCACAAUGUAUUAUUUGUCAGGAACUGUUUGAGAAUGAUGAUCAGGUGAUAUCGGCAAUAAGUUGUGGUCAUACAUUUCAUAAUCAUUGUUUAAACCAGUGGUUAGAGAAUGGUAGGACGUGCCCUAGCUGUCGUGUACAGGUUGAUAAGAGAAAGAUCAUCGAAAGGUUAUAUUUUGAUGCACCUGAAGAUAAUGACGGUGUUGUAGAUGAUGGAAAACUGCAAAAUGAGAUAGAUAGACUUAAAUUGGAGGUAAGAAAACGAGACAAAGAAAAAAAUGAUAUAGUGAAGGAAAAGGGGAAACAAGAUGAUAGGAUUGAGGAGCUACAGAAAGCUAGAGAUAGAAUGUCUAAACUGCUGAAAGAGGAACAGACUAAAGUCAGUGCUCAUCUAAAGACGAUGAAGUAUUACGAGAGCCAACAGAAAUCACUGGAUCUGGAACGACAGGAGUACCGUAAAAUCAAACAGAAAUUAGUGACACUACAGAGCCUUGAAGUCCUGCUUAAUGGUGCUGAAUCUGACGCAGCUGACAUCAUUUCCAGUGCCGGGGAAGGUGGGAGUGCCGUCCAACAUUUGUCAAGGCAAGUGGCAUUUAUGAAGCGUGAAUAUGAGAAGCUAAAAUUAGAAAAACGUCAAAUGAAGGAACAUUACGAGAAAAUUCAACAGACGGAUAUGUCGAAAAAUAAGAAAAUUAAUGAUCUAACUAAACAAUGUGCAAUAUUUCAGGAGCAGUUGGAACGCUCAGAAGGUGAUCUUAAACUCUCCGAAAAAGAGGUUGAAAUGUUAAAAAACAAAAACAGGAAGUUACGAGAUAGACUUAAAUCAGCAAUAAGUCCUAGUUCUAAUCCAGGGAGUUCAAGUUUUACAAAUUUAUUGGACGAGAGUAUGAAACUGCAGGCAUUUUCUGCAUCAACACCAAAAUUAGAACACCCGGAGGGUAGCCAGAAUAUUGACUUGGACUUGACACCAGACUUGUUCACAUCACCUAUUCAAAAUACACAAGCUGAGCAUUCGGAGAAGCCCAGUACUUCUUGUGAUACUGCUUUGUCUGACAGAUCAUUUGGGAAAUCCCAGAAAAGAUCGCGUGAUAGUGAAGACACAGAAAACCAGGAACAAACAAAAUACCUCAAAAUAACGUCUGCAGCGGAGAAAAAUGCUCAAAAGUUGAAACGUUUCAAAAGUGAAAGUGCUAUCAAAGGUUCUAAUUCUAUAACAACAUUAGCUUCCAUGAAUAUAUUUAAGAAACGUGAACUUGGCGAGCGCAGUAACAAUCAACGUAGCAUUAUACAGAAGGGUUUUGACGGCCUUGGGGGUCAUACUACGCAUAUAAACCCUAUUGGAAACCCUUUUAAAAAGCCGACGGUCAAGAAAAGCUCUAGUCAAAGUAAACUGUCCAAGUUCAGUAAAACACCAUCGUUACCAAAACUUGAUAACUUUGUGAUUAUUGAUGAUUAGACUUAAUUGUAGCAGUUUCUAGAUUACUGACAUGUUGACUUGAGAAUAUAAUUAUACAUUUUAUAUAUAGAAUCAUCGUUACAGAGAUAGUAUGCUGAAAUGUGUCAUUUACUAUCAUAAAACAGCAAUGUUAUAAGGCUAUAGUGUUUGCAUGCCAGUUGAAUGAUUUCAUUCCAAUAGUUAGUUAUUUAAUGGUAUAAUUCUAAGAAUAGAUGUGAUAACGUUUCCUAUUUUUGCUCUUAUAUUUUCACUGGUACUUUACACUUAAUAUAUUUUCACUGGUACAGUAAAAACUCUGAAAACAGGACCCUGUCUGGACAAGGCCAAAAGUCUGGUUUUCAGAUGGUCCCUGUUAUCAGAGAUUUUAUAUACAGUCAUCUUUUAUUAUAACAAUAUCUUUGUAAAUGGUCUUCUGUUUUCUUUUUUCUAUGUUUAUGAUAUUCUAAGAACCAGAAUUAAAUAAGUUAUUAAUGACAACAAAAUAAGUUCAUUUUAAACUUUACUUUUUUAUUUCAUAUAAAAUGAUAUAUUUAAUAAAUAAUCACAUAAUAAUGACAAUUUGCACUAGUUAACUGUUCUAUUGAGCAUUCAUAACAUUUAUAUAUGUAUGUAAUGUGUACAAUAUGCAUACAUGUAUAUUCAUCUGGAGUAAUGUGAAUUAAAGUUCAUACAUAAUUAUGAUUAAAUCAUGUUAAAACAAUUAAUUGACAUGCAUGUAACAAACAUUCAUUUAAUUUGUGAACAUUUAUUGAUGUAUUCUUUGAGUUUACAGUGUUUUUCCCCCCUUCUUUUGGGGGAAGGGGGUUGAGGCCCUUUGAAGGGGGAAAAUGCAAAAGGAGGGGGAAUUUUAUUUCUUCACAAUUGAGGAGAAACGAAAAAGAAUCCAGUGCAUAUUUUAAUAUACCACUUACCACUGUAAGAUUUACUGUUGUGCGACAUUGUUUUUCUUUCCGGUGGAAAAGGGGAGCAACUCUUGCAACACACUCUUUUUCUUGAUAUAUGGAUCUAAAAUAUCGACACUCAUCACUAUGGGUUCGAAUCCAGACAGGGACUUUGAAUUCUUUCAUGUGAGGAAGCUAUCCAGCUUGCUUACGGAACGUGGGUGGUUCUACUCGGGUACCCAUUUGUGCCUGAAAUAAUGCGUGGAAGGGCACCUUGAGGUCUUCCUCUACCAGUAAAGCUGGAACGUCGCCAUAUGACCUUUACUGUGUCGGUGUAACAUAAAACUCUUUAAAAACAAUAAAAGAAAUAUCGACAGCAGAAUUUUAAACUUGCUGGGACGCCCUGAGUAGCUCCCUUUACCUACUCGGGAACGAUUUGUAAACAAUCUUGCUUAACAGUAAGUCUUACAGGCAUAUAAUAAAACAUUUUUUGGCAGUUAGUAGCAAAAAAUGAUAUUCAUUGCAGGCAAAUUCGGGCUGCCGUAUGGGGGGAAAUUUCGGCUUUUACUAUGCUAUUAUAUUUUCACUGGUACGUAGUUUACAAAGGUUAAUUGAUAGGAAACUCACCUGUUAGUAUCUGCACAUUCAUAGUCCUUGUAAUUUAUUUUUAUUUACCAAUCUACAUCUGAUGAAGUUAUUUAUAGCUACGAUAGACAUUUUACAUAUUCAUGAUAUUGUAACUAUUAAUUUUUGUUUGUUUUCUUUUUCUUUGAGUUGUUAGACUAGAAGCUGAGAUUGAAGUUAUCUUUUGGUUCUUCACAUAUCUGUUUCUUAAAAGGUUGUGAGGGGUAAUGUAAUUAAUACUUCAGUCAAGUCUGUAAUUUUUUUUAUUUAUGAGAAACUAGUGCUAGUGUUUUUACAAAUAAAGCUCAAGGACCUUGUUACAUGUGGGUUUUAUUUUAAAUCAAGUUUAAUUGAUUAACAUUUUGUCCUGUAUGUAAGACUUAAAAAACAGUCUGUCAUUACUCGUUUAUUUAAUUAUGACCUUGACUGUCAGGGUAAAAUUAUGAAAUUUAGCUAAAUUGUGACAACUUUAUCAUUUAUUAAUGGAUUUGAUUCAAGAUUAACCCUUAUGAUGAAACCAACAUGUUAAAUAGUUAAGUUAUGACCUUGACCUUUUUGUAGUUUUAUGAGCUACCAUGCUACAUGUUUGUGUAUUUGCUAGAUAGCCAUUAAAUCUGAUAAUGAUGAUAUACAUUAUAUAUUUUAUAAUAAAAAUAUACAAAUAUCAUAGCA